AGAGCCAACCCACAACAUCAGAUGAGACUGUGGUGGCCGGUGGGACAGUGGUGCUCAAGUGCCAAGUGGAAGAUCCUGAUGACUCCUCACUGCAGUGGUCCAACCCUGCCCAGCAGACCCUCUACUUUGGGGAGAAACGAGCCCUGCGAGAUAACAGGAUCCAACUGGAGAGAUCCACACCCAAUGAGUUGACCAUCAGCAUCAGCGACGUGGUGCUGUCAGAUGAGGGGGAAUACACCUGCUCCAUCUUCACCAUGCCUGUGAGGACUGCAAAGGCCUUGGUCACCGUGCUGGGAAUUCCUCAGAAACCUCAAAUCUUUGGCCAUGAGCAACCUAUUGAUGAGGAGAAAAUAGCCCGGCUGACCUGUCGGUCCUCUGGCAGCAAACCCGCGGCACAGCUCCGGUGGAAGAAGGGCAACAAGGAGCUGAAAGAUGAGGGUAUCGAGGUGGUGGAGGACCCCAAUGGAAAGACCUUCACUGUCAGCAGUCGAGUGGAGUUCCGUGUCACCAAGGAGGACAACGAAGCCGAGGUGACCUGCACCGUGGACCACGAGUCCCUGCAGAACGCUGAGAGGUCAACCACGCAGAAGCUGCAGGUCCACUACAAACCAACAGCAAAGAUCGAGCCACAUCCCCAGUACCCGCGGGAAGGCGAGAAGCUCCAACUGCAGUGCGACGGGCAGGGCAACCCCAUCCCCCAGGAAUUCCUGUGGGAGAAGGAAGGCAGCGAUGCUCCCCUGCAGCUGAGCUCUGACAGCAUCCUCAUCUUCCCCUUCCUCAACAAGAGUGACAGUGGCACCUACGUCUGCACAGCCACCAGCUCCAUGGGCAGCGUCGUGGCCAAGUACAACCUCGAUGUCAGUG